AUACGUUUAUUGUCACAUGACAUUUUGUUUCACCAGUGGAAUGUAGACCAACCGAAAGCAGCAUUUUAUCAUAAACUGAUGUAACAUUAAAUGGAACUAUCAUCUCGGUGACAUGACAGCAGCUUGUCAGGUUGUCACCACCAUGUCUCUCAGGGGCGACCGUACCUCGGUGUUCACGUUCCAGUCUGCGGUUCACAGCUCCCACGUCCUGACGCGUCUCAACGACCAGAGACUGAGUGAUGUGUUGUGUGAUGUUACACUAGUGGCAGGUGGCAGGGCGUUCAGGGCCCACUGCUCUGUACUGGCCUCCUGUAGUGACUACUUCCACAGCAGGAUCCUCAACCACACCAGCCCCAGCCUGGUGCUCACUUUGCCUGAUCAGGUAACAGCAGAGGGGUUUGAACCAUUGCUACAGUUCUGCUACACCUCCAAGCUGCUCUUCACCAAAGACAAUAUCAUGGCCAUCCACAGGUGUGCCGGGCUCCUGGGGUUUCACAACCUGGAGACUAGCUGCUUCGACUUCCUUCUGCCAAAGUUCCUGGAGGGUAGCAACAUUACAGCCCAGGAGACAAGAAGAAGAAGAAGAGGAGGCUGCUGUCAGGGCAGGUCCCAGAUCAGGUCCUCCAACCAGGGAAGAUUGCCUAGUGGCAGGUCCCCCGGCCAGAGGAGGUCCCCCAGUGUCGAUUCAGCCCACUGUACAGGCUGUCAGUCUCAAAGCAGGACCCCCAACCAGAGCAUUUCACCCAGCCAGGGCUUGUUACCUAGUGGCAUGACCCCCAGCCAGGGCUUGUUGCCUAGUGGCAUGACCCCCAGCCAGGGCAUGUUGCCUAGUGGCAUGACCCCCAGCCAGGGCUUGUUGCCUAGUGGCAUGACCCCCAGCCAGGGCAUGUUGCCUAGUGGCAGUUUAGCCCACAAUACAGACACAAACCGAGACCGAGAGCAGCAGGUUCUACCUCAUCCCCAGAACACGGGCCCAAGCCAGACAACCGGAAGUGAUGUCAGGAACAUAGGAAGUGACGUCAGGGCACAGUGUUCAACUGCCAACCCAAGUGGAACAAUGUCACACCAGAGUUUAACAGUGCCUUCGGACGGAAACGUACAAAUAAACUUUCUGUCGUCAUCCCGAUGUCCAAAGAGCCUGGCCUUACUAGUCAACCCGGUCAGCAGUGGUCGGGAGCAGUUCUGUUUACAGACCUGUGGCCCCAACAUGUCACCCUUAUCCCUCGGGGGACUGCCGUCCUCCAGUGGUCUUGGUGUCUGUCCCAUCCUGGCCAAGCCGUGUCCUGGUGGUGUUGACCGUAAGCCAGACCCCGACGCCGUUUUCAGUGAUAGAGACAUCCUAGGGAUGGAGGCAGCGGUGUGUCCCAUGACGAUGGGUGAGGGGAGUCUGAGAGAUUGCCCACUCUCCUGUGAACUGCCGUCCCAUGACGACGCGAGCCCAUCAGACGUUAUUGAGGCAACGGUUGGAGAGAUGGACGAUGACCAGCCUGCUGUUGGGAGUCUGAUGGCUGAAGAAGCUGGGUGUAACCCAGGUUCCUGUAGCACGUGCCCACUGAGAGGCUCAGGGGUGGUAGAGGAGGCUGAGCUUCAGCUACCUGUAUUGGAUCUCCUGGCAAUACACAAAAGCCCUAACUCAGAAAAUAGUGAGGGGGAGAGCCGUGGUGGAUGCCUUAUGCUCCCAAGGCCACGACGAUUAGGUCAAGUAGAUCAGCUACCUGUGUUAAUGCAGAGAGAGGAACCUGGUCUGGAUGGCAGCGUGGCUGUUGAGGGUCAUCUCCCUGACUCCGCCCUCACUGACCCCUCCCUCUCUGACCCCACCCUCUGUGGUCUUACCCCUGAUGGUAGGGGGUAUGGAGAGCGGAGCAGCGUGGAGAGGGAGGUGGCUGAACAUCUGGCCAAGGGUUUCUGGCCUGAUUUAUACCCCUCACAGACUGAACCUCUCCCUAAUCUGGACACCAUGGAGCACGGAGGUCUGGGGAGAGUUCCUAAUCUGGACACCAUGGAGCAUGGAGGUCUGGGGAGAGUUCCUAAUCUGGACACCAUGGAGCACGGAGGUCUGGGGAGAGUUCCUAAUCUGGACACCAUGGAGCACGGAGGUCUGGGGAGAGUUCCUAAUCUGGACACCAUGGAGCACGGAGGUCUGGGGAGAGUUCCUAAUCUGGACACCAUGGAGCACGGAGGUCUGGGGAAGGCUACAGACUUCCCCUGGCAGCUAGACCUGAACUCAAAUCCAGCAGACUGUCCCUUCCUUAGAGACCUGGGGACAGGAGAGGCAGAGGGGAUGGAAGAGGUAGAGGGGGUGGGGGAGAUGGGUAAGGUAGGACAGACGGGUGUGAUGGGUGGGGUGGAAGAGACCGGGGAGGCCCAGACCCCCGGUGGGAACCACAGCCUGUCCCAGUCUGAGAUGAGUCCCUACAUGUCAUCUCUUAACUCAGGAGAGGACUCAGACGGAGACCUGGACACAGACGGAGACACGGAGAGAGAGGCCAACAACAGGAGAGCACAAGAGGUUCGUCUGCCCUUCCCGGUGGUUCAGAUCUCGUCAGUGAGUCGUAGUGCCUUCCAACAGCUCCUCCGAUGCCAGCAGCUGACCCACGAACAGCUGGAAUUCGUCCACGACGUCCGCCGACGCAGCAAGAACCGCGUGGCCGCCCAGCGCUGUCGCAAGAGGAAGCUCGAAGGCAUCAGUCAACUACAGACUGAGAUCGGCACACUGAGAGGAGAGAAGAAGAGGUUGCUGGAGGAGCAGGCCCAUCUGCAGAGGAACAUGGAGGAGAUGUUACAGAGUCUGACAGGGCUGUGUCACAGCGUCUGCAACGAGGCAGGGGUCUGUCAUGAGCAGGACCAGCUACAGCUCCUAUCCAAGCUCCAGUCUCCUGACAUCUCUGUCUCAGCCCUCCUCAACACUCUGGCCUCCCCCAGCCUCCCCCUCUCCUCUCCAGGCCUCCCCCUGGGACUGAAGCCAGAGAGCUUAGAGCCCCAACCCCUGCCUACACCACCAGCACAGCCCUAGAACCAAUCACAGCCCCAACCCCUGCCUAUACCACAACCACCAGCACAGCCCUAGACCCAAUCACAGCCCCACCACUGCCUUAACCUGCCCUAGAGAACUGCCCCAAGGCGGUCCCAACCUGCCCUAGAGAACUGCCCCAAGGCGGUCCCAACCUGCCCUAGAGAACUGCCCCAAGGCGGUCCCAACCUGCCCUAGAGAACUGCCCCAAGGCGGUCCCAACCUGCCCUAGAGAACUGCCCCAAGGCUGUCCCAUCCUGCCCCAGAGAACUGCCCCAAGGCGGUCCCAACCUACUCUAGAGAACUGCCCCAAAGCGGUCCCAACCUACUCUAGAGAACUGCCCCAAAGCGGUCCCAACCUACUCUAGAGAACUGCCCCAAGGCGGUCCCAACCUACUCUAGAGAACUGCCCCAAAGCGGUCCCAACCUGCCCUAGAGAACUGCCCCAAGGCGGUCCCAACCUGCCCUAGAGAACUGCCCCAAGGCGGUCCCAACCUGCCCUAGAGAGCUGCCCCAAGGCGGUCCCAACCUACCCUAGAGAACUGCCCCAAGGCGGUCCCAACCUGCCCUAGAGAACUGCCCCAAGGCGGUCCCAACCUCAUCCUGCCCCAGAAAACUGCCCCAAUGCUGUCCCAUCCUGCCCCAGAGAACUGCCCCAAUGCUGUCCCAUCCUGCCCCAGAGAACUGCCCCAAUGCUGUCCCAUCCUGCCCCAAUGCUGUCCCAUCCUGCCCCAGAGAACUGCCCCAAUGCUGUCCCAUCCUGCCCCAAUGCUGUCCCAUCCUGCCCCAGAGAACUGCCCCAAUGCUGUCCCAUCCUGCCCCAAUGCUGUCUCAACCUCAACCUGCCCCAGAGAACUGUCUAGCGCUACAUAGCAACAUAUAAAUUCAGAGCCAUAUACUGUCUAGACUAUAGAUAAUAUAGAUCUGUUGUUGGAUAUAACUCUAUACUGUAUAGACUAUAUAAUAUAGAUCUGUUGUUGGAUAUAACUCUAUACUGUAUAGAUAAUCUAGAUCUGUUAUUGGAUAUAACUCUAUACUGUAUAGAUAAUCUAGAUCUGUUAUUGGAUAUAACUCUAUACUGUAUAGAUAAUAUAGAUCUGUUAUUGGAUAUAACUCUAUACUGUAUAGACUAUAUAAUAUAGAUCUGUUGUUGGAUAUAACUCUAUACUGUAUAGAUAAUCUAGAUCUGUUAUUGGAUAUAACUCUAUACUGUAUAGAUAAUGUAGAUCUGUUAUUGGAUAUAACUCUAUACUGUAUAGACUAUAGAUAAUAUAGAUCUGUUAUUGGAUAUAACUCUAUACUGUAUAGACUAUAGAUCUGUUAUUGGAUAUAACUCUAUACUGUAUGGCUCUGAUGAACUCUCACUGUUAUUCACUGUCUCAGUGUACGUCCCAAAUGGCACACUAUUCAGUGCCCUACUUUUGACCAAGACCUAUAGGGCUCUGGUCAAAAGGUAGUGCACUAGUGAAGGAUCAAAUCAAAUGUAUUUAUCAAGCCCUUCUUACAUCAGCUGAUAUCUCAAAGUGCUGUACAGAAACCCAGCCUAAAACCCCCAAACAGCAAGCAAUGCAGGUGUAGAAGCAGGGAAAAUGCAAUGCAGGUGUAGAAGCAUGGUGGAGCGUUACGGCCUACAACCCCAAACAGCAAGCAAUGCAGGUGUAGAAGCAGGGAAAAUGCAAUGCAAGUGUAGAAGCAGGGAAAAUGGAAAAGUCUAAUCAGUCUGAAAAUUGAAGUGGAGCAGAAUGACAUGUUUGUUUGUUUGUUUUAAGACACUUUUGAAGGACUUGGUGUAUGAACCUAAUAGACUUUAGCUCAGUGGGAUUACAACACAGUAUCGUGACAGCAGGACACCUGGAUUCUAACCCUGGUCGGCGACGGUCACAAACACCUUUUUGAAAGGAUUUACUGUAACGUUUUCAGGAUGCAUGUACCCCUUUUCCCCAUGAUAUUUAUUGUGACCGUAUGCAUACCUGUUAGGGUGUAGGAUGUGGACCUCUUUCUGACUACAUUUACAUGUGUUUUUUAGCUGCCCUAACUGUACAGCAUAAUAUCCAUGCAACUUAAAUACAGUAUUUCCUCAAUGAACAUAAUAGCCAUUCAAUUUAAAUACAGUAUUUGUCAUAAGCAUAAUAUGCAAUUCAAUUUAAAUAUAAUAUUUCUCACUUAAAAUAAUAGCUAUUCAAUUUAAAUACAGUAUUUGUCAUUAGCAUAAUAUCCAUUCAAUUUAAAUACAGUAUUUCCUCACUUAAAAUAAUAGCCAUUCAAUUUGAAUCCAGUAUUUUGUCACUAAAUUUGAGAUUCUCUGUAGGUGCACAAUACCAAGCACACAGCCAAGAGACUUUGACCAUCAUCUCUCUUUGCAUGAAUUAAUUCAUUUGAAUUCAUGAAUCUCAGGAAACCACUUAGCCCAUUUCUCUGUUCAGCCAUUCAUUCAUUCGCCCAUCCAUCUAUAUUUUGAUUUGCUGAGUGAGGUAAAUGAAGAUCAUGAUACGUUUUUUUUUUGGUAAUUUUAGAUAAUUUUAACAAGUCAUCUAUUUUAUUUUUUUAAGAGCAUUUUAAUUGAGACAUUUUAUGACAUCGAUGACAUGACAUUCUGUCUUUUCAAAUACGUAUAACGGUUAAAUUUUUGUCUGGUAUUAUAACAAAAGGUAUUGUAGGGUAGAAGGGAAUCGAACUGUACGUCCCAAAUUGAUCACUGUUGCCUAUACGUAGGGCCCAUUGUAGUUCGCUAUAGACAAUAGGGUGCCAUUUGGGAUUUAGCCAAUGUGUAUUAUCUGCUACAGUACGUUCCUUACUGAUCUAUUGCAAACACUUGCACCUUCUUUCACCAUGAGUGUGUUGAUUGUAGGCUUGCAAUUGUUUUAGUGUUUUGAAUUCAAACGAGACGUUUCGAUGGCACCUUCAUUUCAAUAGGCAACAUGUUUUACUGUAGAUGGUAAAGCCUUCUAAUUUCCACAUUAAAGGUUUGGAAAUGAA